UGUCUGCUCUGCACACGUUAUUUACCUUCAGGCUGUAAAGGUUGUUUUUUUUUUUUUUCCCCAAAAAAUCCAACAUGACUCCUGUGUGGCAGAUCUGUUUUCUCUUCAAUUUCAUUCUUUUCACAGAUGCAAAUGUCUUCCUGACACAGAGCAGUGCAAACCAGAUCCUUCAGCGGCUGAAGCGGGCCAACAGUCCCUUUGAAGAGCUGCGGAAAGGAAACUUGGAAAGGGAAUGCUAUGAAGAGAAGUGCUCAAAGGAAGAAGCCAGGGAGGUGUUUGAAGACAUUGACAAGACGAAUGAGUUCUGGAAUAAAUAUGUGGAUGGAGACCAAUGUGAAAAGAAGCCUUGCCAAAACAAUGCUCCUUGUAAGGACGGUAUAGGGGAGUACACCUGUCUCUGCAGUGAAGGUUUUCAGGGGAAAAACUGUGAAGUGGAAAUACCAAAGCUGUGCCAAAAUGACAACGGCAACUGUGAUCAUUUCUGCAAGGUGGUUCAGGAGACUGUCAGAUGUAUGUGUGCAGAUGGCUAUUACCUUGACGAUGAUGGAAAAUCCUGCAUUGCUAAAGAGGCAUUUUCAUGUGGAAGAAUAAGAGCUCCCAUUACACGAUCCACGAUAGAUGAACAAAUUGUUCCAGUUACAGAGAUGAUGAUGAGUGACUCAAGCUACAAUGUAACAAUGAGCAAUGUCAGCACAAGCAAUACACGUAAUGGCACCGUAAAUGAAGCCUUUAUUGAAGCAGUAGAAGAUGAUGGUAACAGGAUUGUUGGUGGUACAGAUUGUAAACCGGGACAAUGCCCAUGGCAGGCUCUCUUAGUUAAUGAAGAAAAUUUAGGAUUCUGUGGUGGAACAAUCUUAAGUGAAACUAUUGUGUUGACCGCUGCUCACUGCAUGAAUCAAUCAAGAUCAUUUAUAGUUGUUGUUGGGGAACAUGACACCUCAAAGGAUGAAGGCAGAGAAUCAAAACACCGUGUGGAAAGAGUCAUUGCACACAAUAAGUACGUUCCACAAACCUAUGAUAAUGACAUAGCAUUGCUAAAACUGAAAGACAAGAUCACAUUUAAUAAGUAUGUCAUACCAGCAUGCCUUCCUGAUAAAGAGUUCAGUGAGAAAGUACUAAUGAAGGAAGGAUAUGGUCAGAUCAGUGGAUUUGGGCGUAUCCACGAGAGAGGAAGACAAUCCACUGUCCUUCAGCAACUUUCUGUUCCAUAUGUGGACAGGCAGGUCUGCAUGGAGUCAAGUCAGUUCAAAAUCACCGUUAACAUGUUCUGCUCUGGUUACGAGGAAGAGGGCAAAGAUGCCUGUCAAGGGGAUAGUGGAGGUCCCCAUGUCACAAGAUAUAAGAAUACAUGGUUUGUGACAGGAGUCAUUAGCUGGGGAGAAGGCUGUGCUAGGCAAGGGAAAUAUGGUGUUUACACUCAGAUUUCCAGGUAUAUCGGCUGGAUCAAAAAAGCUAUGAAAGUUCUAAAUUCAUAAAUACCAGUCGAUAUCACUCAGCUCAUGAAGAAUCAGAUGAAAAGAAAGUGUAUGUUUUAUCACAAAUAGGGGCUUUGUGCAUGAGUUGACAAGUUAAUCAGUUAGGAAUUGAACAAAAUCAGACAGAGUUUUAAUUUUGUUUUUAUUUCCUUAAAACAUAUAUGUACUUAUAUUAAGAAAUACAGAUAUUAAAAAUAAAUUACCCUAAAAGUGAAGAAGGUUCUGAUAAAGACCAUAUACAUGUAGAUGUUUUAAGAAAUGAGCAUCUUAUGUUACACAUUUACCUCACAUUGUUUUGAGAUUGCCUGCAAUAAAAUCUACUAAAUUGUG